GGAGAAGGAAGUCUAAAAGUUGGUGCUUCAGUUGAAAAAGCAGGGAGAAAAGAUCUCUGAAGACCAACAACCGAUGGAGGCCAAACUAAAAGAGGUCUCUCAGGAAAAGGACGACCUGGCAAAGAAGAACCUGAGCUGUGAGACUGAGCUCAAACAGGUGGAGGCCAAAUUAACACAGGUGGAGGAGGAGAACGAUAAUCUAGCAAAGAACAACAAAAGCUGGGAGACGGAUGUCAAACAGCUGAAAGACCAGAUGAGAGAGAAGGAGGAAAAGUUCUCCAAAGACCUGGCUGAAGAACACCUGAGCUGCGAAACCAAGGUUCAUUUGAUGGAGAUCAUAUUACAAGAGGAAGAGAAGAAAAGUGACAACAUGGUUCACAAAAACCUGAUCGGAGGGAAUGAAUUGAAAGUGGUUCAGGCAAAAUUAGAAGAGGCCAAGGAAACCAUGAGGAACCUGGUCAAGGAAAACCAGAGCAAUGUCAAACAGAAGGACAUGAAAGUCCAGCAGCUGGAGAACGACUUGGAUGAGCAGGAGAAAAAGUUCUCUGAAGAUUUGGCCGAAAAACACCAGAGCUGGGAGACUCAGUUAAAACAGGUGGAGGCUAAAUGCAAACAGGUGCAGAAGCAGAAAAAUCAUUUGGUCCAGAUAAAAAAAAGCUGGGAGACGGAUGUCAAGCAGCUUAAAGACCAGAUGAGAGAGCCGGAGCAAAAGUUAUCAGAAGACCUGGCCGAAAAACACCAGAGCUGGGAAACCAAGGCCAGUUUGCUGGAGACCGAAAUAAAAGAGGUCACUCAGGAGAAGGAAGACCUGGCUCAGAGACUUCAGAGCCAGGCAACUGAAUUCAAAGAGAUUCAGGCUCAAUUACACAAGGCAGAGAAUGAGAACAACCUGAUCUGGGAGACAAAAGUCCAACAGCUUGAAGAGGAGAUGAAGGAGCAGAAGGAGAAGUGCUCCAGAGACCUGACCCAGAAACACCAGAGCUGGGAGACCGCGGUUCAUCUGAUGGAGACUCAACUGAAACAGGCGAAGGACGAGAAGGACGACUGAGCUGGGAGGCUAAAGAGAACAAGAUGGACAACGAAAAGACACUUCUGGAGGACCUCUGUCUUCACAUGAAGAAUAAGAGCAGAGGAUUCUUCGCUCGCAGGAGGGCGACUGAGGAAAGGGACGUCGUUUUGCAGAAAAUGCUACGCAAGAUGCGAGAGAAGGAGAUGAGUAAGAAAGCAAAGGGGGAGAAAGAGGAGAUGGAGGAGGCUGGACGUCAGUAGCUGCCUUUUCCUCCCCUCUUUCCCUCCUCCAUUUCCCUCACCUCCUUCCACACCCCUUACUGCCUUCCCGUUUCCAUACAGGGUUUUCUCCUGCACAGUUUUCCCACAAUCUGUAUAAUAGAUGUAAAAAAACUCACUAUUAAGUCCCUCCCCAUUAACUGUACCUACUUCCUGCUACCUCACCCUCUCUCACCUUCCUCCAUCCUUUAUUUACUUUACCUACUUCUUCCAUACUUUCCCCUCACUUCACCCCAAACUCUCUCCUCCAUUUCCUACAUCACCCUCUUCCUCCCUUCCAAUUUUCAUAUUUAGUGUUUUUUUGUUGUGUUUAGACUUGAUUUAAAAAAUAAAAUGUUAAGUAAAUGUAUUAUGUGUAUUAAUUACUGCAUGACAUGUUGGUUACUAAAGUACUGGUAUCUGUUCUAUUUGUGAUUUAAACAACUUUGAAUUUAAUAAACACAACAACAAUAAAAGAUGUUUGUGCAGAUUGUUCUUGGUCUUUCUACUUUUAGGUUCAAUUACAUUGUUUUGUUUUUGUUGUUUUAAAAAAAUGUGGUGAUUUCAUAAGAGCUGUUAAAGUAUUCAAAUGUGU